AUGAACUUGAUAAAAAAUUGGGACCCGGUUGCGAAUAUGUUCAAGAAACGGUUAGCUUUAUGGAAGCUGCACCCAAAACUCCGGCAACUCUCUCUGUCCUGGAAAACACGAAUUUUACUUUGGUUGUUUUCCACCGCAACACACGCUGCAAGACGAAAAGACGGCACCGUCAACCGCCGUCUUCUCAAUUUCAUACAGUUCCGGGUCCCACCGUCCUCCAAACCUAUCAACCGCGUCAAGACAUACGACGUCGUCGUGGAUCCAACUCGCAACCUCUGGUUCCGCGUAUUUGUCCCCACCCAACACUCCUCAGACGAUCUCCCGCUCAUCGUUUUCUUUCACGGUGGCGCGUUUGUUUACUUCGCCCCGGACGUGAAGGUCUAUGAUGAUAUGUGCCGCCGGAUGGCGAGAAAAUUGGCUGUGGUUGUUGUUUCAGUUGAUUAUCGUCUUGCACCGGAGUAUCGGUACCCUGUGCAACAUAAUGAUUGCUUUGAUGUGAUGAAGUUUCUUGAUGAUGAAGAGAAUAAGUUAAAAUGGUUGCCGGAAAAUGUGAAUAUUUCAAGUUGUUUUCUUGCCGGUGAUAGUGCCGGCGGAAACAUAGCUCAUCAUGUUGCUCAAAGGGCUUGUGAAUCCAGUUUCCGACAACUUAAGGUAAUUGGCUUGGUGGCGAUUCAACCAUUUUUUGGCGGAGAGGAGCGAACAAAUUCGGAAAAAGAACUCGAAGGAGGCCCUGUGUUGUCGUUGGAGCGAACAUAUUGGUAUUGGAAUGCAUUCAUGCCAAUGGGCGAAGGCUACACCCGCGACCAUCCAAUCAUCAACGUUAGCGGUCCAAAGGCGGUGGAUAUAUCACAAAUGGAUUUUCCGGCAACCAUAGUGGUUAUGACAGGGUUUGAUGCUCUAGUAGACUGGCAAAAAAGGUACUAUGAGUGGCUGAACAAGUCCGGCAAAGAAGCUUAUUUGGUGGAGUACCUAAACAUGUGUCAUGGUUUCUACGUUUUCCCGGAGUUGCCAGAAUCCGAGCAACUAUUAUCCGAAGUGAAGGACUUCACUCACAAGGUUAUAGAAAAGCUUUGA